AUCAACCUGGUGGCAGUGUGGGUCUGUACAGGAAUCCAUUUGAUGGACUGGUGGAUAUCUACAAGUCAGCUCCAAUGCCUCUGUGUUCAAGUUCAAAAAGAGAGCUGCACCACACACCACUUCCAUCGAACACUUGUUCGGGUGGAAAGGCAUAUUUAAGGCUACUCUGAGAAACGCAACGUCUGGACCUUUGGAUUCCUGACCAUUUUAGCUGGUGGCUGCUGUGCAGAGUUCGCUGUCGGCCUCAUGAUGGGAAACCAACAGAUAAGCACUGGUGAUCAAUAUUCACACACAUUCAUUUGCUUCUGACGCAUACAAGUGUAGCUAUGCUUGACGAAGUGUUUGUAUUCCGGGUUGCUUUGUAAUGAAACAGAAACUCUGGUUAACAGCGGUCGGAGAGGGAUUGGAACGAGCAGAGUGCAAAAAUUGAAGUGUUGAGAAGAACGAUACCAGUAGCUGUUUUGCGUGGGAGGAAAUUGAUUAAGAUGAGAAGGGUUAAAUAAGACGGCCAGCAGCAACGAUCGACAUUUACUGAGGGCUUGCGUCAAGUCAGAUCUGGACGGGUAGAGUCGACAAUGGCGACAUAACAAGAUGAAUAAUUACACCAAUGUCAUGUUUACAAACUUAGCUGGACACAACCUAUCCUACGUUCCUAUUUGGAAUCUAUGGCAAUCGGUUGUUUAAAAUCCCAAGAAAAGGAUGACCACUUACUAUUUUCCAAAAGUUUUGUGUUCUAUUGUGAUUAUUUUUUGCCCAACCACUACAGGCAAUGACAGGUUUAUAACUUUGAAUUGUAACAAUCAAUUUACUGGAAUACAUAACCACCGCACUGUUUUGUUUUGUGAGUACGAGUCACAAUGGAAGAAAAAUUGCAAUAUUAGCUGGAACUGGGAAGAUAGGAAUUCUCAGCAGACUGCAACUCCAUGCACAUCUAAUAAUGAAAAGCAACAAAAAAGAUGCCUUACAGAGGACAAAAAGGUAUCAUUCAUUAUUGAGAAAACAGACAUUUUGGAUGCAGGGAAUUAUCAGAUUUUCAUAGACUGUGGGCCGGGUGGCUACGUUCAAAAGUUUAUCCAACUUUCCGUUAAAGCUCCAUAUACUGCUCUGCAAAUAUCCAAAAGGAUUGAAGGUGGUGACAAAGGUCUUUCUUGUUCUACACUUGGACAUGCACCGGCAGAACUCCAUUGGAAAAAUGCAACUGGCACUAUUUUGCCUGCUAAUUUGAACAUUAGAGAAACAGAGGAUAAGUUGUUCAACACCACUACUUUCAUUUCAGUUUUUGGAGAAUUAUGCUCUGUAAACUAUAGCUGCUCUUUGUGCUCUGAAAACUCAUGCGUUUCUGCAAGAUUGGAGUGUCCCAACAGUACAAUAGCCUCUCAGUCAAGGGAAGAAAAGAUCAGAACGGCUUUUGGUAUUCAUUUAUCUCUGGGAUUAAUCGUAAUCCUUUUUAUACUUUUGGCAUUUCUGGUGGCUUUUUACUGUAGAAAGCAAACUCCUCAAGCAUUCAUGCAAGAACGAAAAAAAUCAGCACGAAUUAAUUUAGUAGAGAACACAGAAUGAAGAAGGCCUGGAAUGACAUUGAUCUUAUUAAUCAAUUUUUACACUAAACGUAAUCUCUAUGAAAACAUGUAUCAAAUGAUGUAAAAAUACUUGGUAGAAAUUGCUUUUUGCUUUUUGUGAGGCUUAAGCUGAUUUAAUAAAUUAGUCUAAGUAGACGUUUGGGAAUUAGCACUAAAAUGAAUUGGAAAUCAUUUAAUUGAAAGGACUUACCUUCAUUGCUCGGGAGUUAUGCAGUAUGUUAAUAAGGCCAGUUUUGGAGUUUUGUGUCUAGUUUUGAUCGUGCUUGUAUGGGAGGGAUAUUAAGCUGGAGAGGGCUCAGAAGAGAUUUACAAAGAUGCUGCUGGGAAUGGAGGGUUAGAGUUAUAAGGAGAGGCUGGUCAGGCUGGGACUUCUUUCAUUGGAGCACAGGAGGUUGAAGGGUGACCUUAUAGAGGUUUAUAAAAUUGAAGGAUAUAAAUAAGGUGAAUGGCAGUUGUUUUUCUCCCCGGGUGGGGGAUUUCAAGACUAGGAGGUAUAUUUUUAAGGUGAGUGAAGAAAGAUUUAAAAAAAGGCAAGAGAGGCAACGUUUUUUCUACAGAAUGGUUCAUCCGUGGAAUGAGUGUCCAGAGGAUGUUGUGGAUAUAGGUACAGUUCCAAUGCUUUAAAGACAUUUGGCUAAGUACAUGAAUAAGAAAUCCUUGAAGCACAGGCAGAUGGGACUAGUUUAGUUUGGGAUUACAGUUGGUGUGGACUGGUUGGACUGAAGGAUCUCUUUCCAUGCUGUAUGAUUCCAUGACUGAUUGCUAAAUUCAACUUGUUUCUUAAAGGUAUGCUUGAAUACUGUAAUCAUGAAAAAUAUGAAAGUAAUUUUUCACAUGAACACUAGAGGCCUGAUGAUUAUAUUCACAUACAAUUGUAACCAUAUUUAGUGAAAACCAUAGUCCAUGUUACUUGCAUGCUCAGAAUUCUUGGAAUUGUGGUGGAGUUUUCAUGACAAAAAUAGUUGUGAUGAUUUAUAAAAUAAAUUUUUUGCAAUAAUCCAAAACCAUGUUCAGUACUUUCUAUUAUAAAUUAUGACUAACUGC